AUGCUCGAGAAAGUCUCUGAUUUCGAUGACUAUGAUCUUUCGUUUGAAAUUGAGGAAACUUAUAAGAAGAUCGCAAAAUUAGAAUUCAACUUAACAGGCAAAGAUGAAUACAUAUGCUCAUCAUUAACAGAUGAUAUGAGUCGUGAUGUGAAUGGUUUAAUUUCACCUAAAUCUAUCGAAUUUUUAGUAUUACGUCAUGAUGACCAGCUUUGGUACAAGUAUGACCUGCGCCAAAAACCAUCAAUGUUUUCGAAUUCAAUUGUUAAGGUUGUAAUUGGAGUCAUAAUUUAUAUGAUAAUUGGAAUUGCUUUGAUCUUCAAAUUCUCUAGGAAAUCGAAGAAGGUAUCCUAG